UAUAAACGGCCUCCCCGCACCCUGCUUGUGCGCGCUACGGACACAGUGAAACACCAAUCGUCGGACGGGACCUCUGUACGAGGUCCCGAUCAUGUGAUCACUGAUUGGCCAAUCAGUGAUCACAUCAUUGCUUACUACGUGUGAAAUCUGUGAAUGAUCACAGAGGUCACAUUCUUGCAGCCAUUGAGAACUACUGAGUGAGCUGUGAUUGGUCAAAGCUUGUUACAUGGUACAAGGCUGUUAUGAAUAGCCUUGUACCACGUGACCUCUGUGAUCAUUCAAAGAU